AUGGAAAAUCCGAAACCAAAGGUCCUUUUAUUUGACAUUGGCGGUGUUUGUGUCAACUCACCUUUCCAAGUCAUUCUAGACUACGAGCUUGGCUUAGGAAUUCCUCCCGGCUGGGUAAACUACUCCAUAUCAAAAUCUGGCCCAACCGGAUCCUGGCAGCGGAUAGAGAGAGGGGAUAUUCCCCUGGAUGACGCCUUCUUUGACGGAUUCAACAAGGACCUGCAUGUUCAGAGCUUAUGGGAAGACUUCUACAGGACACAGCAAGCAAAGAACCCACGCCUAGCUAAGGAAACCCCUCCGCUACCCAAGAUUGACGGUAAAUGGCUAUUCAACGAGAUGAUGUCUGGCUCAGGCCCAGAUUCGUACGAUCCUUGGAUGUUUCCAGCGCUGGAAAAACUCAGAUCCAGCGGCAAGUACAUCCUAGCAGCGCUGAGCAACACGGUCAUCUUCCCACCCGGCCACAAGCUGCACAAGGAGAAUUUCUACGAUGAGCCCGUCCGCCGGAUAUUCGACGUUUUCAUCUCGUCAGCCCACGUUGGUGUCAGGAAGCCAGAUCCAAAAAUGUACCAGCUCGCCUUGGAAAGGCUUAAUAGCUUUGUUAGGGAGAACGCAAGCGACCCGAAGCAUCGAGGAAAGGGCUGGGAGACUGGCAUUUCACCAAAGGACAUUGUUUUCUUAGAUGACAUUGGCGAAAAUCUGAAAGAAGCACGCAAGCAAGGGCUCAAUACCAUCAAAGUCCCUCUAGGCAGAACGUACGAAGCUGUUGAGGAGCUGGAGAAGAUUACGGGGUUGUCACUUGAGGGGCCGCAUCCAAAGAUACCCAUCGAGCCGAAAUACCGCGAGCCGCGAGCCAAGAUAUGA